AUGAAUUUGAUUUCUAUACUUGCCAUGAACAUUCGAUUGCUGAAUAAUUCAUUCAAAUUAUUAUGUUUUCAAUAUUCUUGUGAAUAUGGUGCAGAAUAUUCUGGUUACCAUUUAGAACCAAAUAAUGAAGCCUUGUAUAAAGAUAUGGAAAUACUUGAUGAAGCUUCAGUAGAUGAAGCUCAACCAGAAGAACUAAUUUAUAAUGAGGAUUUGAUUUAA